AUGUGCUCCACAUCCAAGCCAACACCAAAAAUUGGAGGGUCGGUUACUACCACACCAAGACAUGAUGCAGUAGAUACACCUUUAGGGGAAAGUCCUAACUUAGGAUCAGCGCAGAAGCCGUCAACUCCUCCCACUCGGUCAGGUGCUAUAGCUUCCGAAAAAGCGUCCGCUACGUAUUCGGCCAAAAAACUCGCUAAAGGUCAACCAUUGCGGCAGUUCGCCAGAGCUGAUAUUAUUGAGCGAGCCAAGAGUGGAGAGACUAUUAUUAUUGUACAUCACAAAGUAUACAAUUUAACCAAGUGGGUCAAGUACCAUCCUGGAGGUGAUUUGGCUGUUAGGCACAUGUCUGGUAAAGAUGCAACAGAUGCCAUGAUUGCCUUUCACCCACCAGAAGUCUUUUCUGAACGACUCCCCAAUUUCUGUAUUGGAGAAAUUGCUCUUGAAGAUCGUAUCACUUCCCCAGUCUCUUUAGCCUAUCGCCAACUGGAGUUCAAGCUACACGAAGCAGGCAUUUUCAACACCGACUAUUCAUUUUACGGCCGUGAAAUAAUCAAGUUCUUGGCACUAUGGCUUGGCAUGCUCUAUUUUGCUCUGUAUGCUAAAGAGUCUAUUAUCUGGUAUUUUGCCAGUGCUAUGUGUGCUGCCAUUCUUUGGCACCAAGCGGCAUUUGUUGCCCACGAUGCCGGUCACUCUGGUAUCUCGCAUAGCUGUCUUGGCGAUACUCUUUUUGGAAUUGGACUAGCAAAUUUUUUUGGAGGUCUUUCUAUCGGAUGGUGGAAACGUAAUCAUAAUGUGCAUCACAUUGUGACCAACGAUGCAGAACACGAUCCAGACAUUCAGCAUAUGCCAUUCAUGGCUAUUACCACCAAGCUGAUGGACAGCUUGUAUUCAACGUACUAUAAUCGUGUUAUGGAGUUUGACGUGGUCGCCCAGUACUUUAUUCCUAAACAGCACUAUCUUUUUUACAUUAUUCUCGCUUUUGGACGGUUUAACCUAUAUGUCAAUAGCUGGUCCUAUGUGUUUUCACGCUCAUUUAUUGUUCCCCAUCGCUCUUUAGAAAUUCUUGGCAUGGUGUGUUUCUGGAUUUGGUUUUCUUGGCUACUUUCUCACCUGCCUACUGGAUGGCAUAUUGCUGGAUAUAUUCUUGUUUCGCAUAUGGCUACAGUGUUUUUGCAUUUACAAAUCACACUUUCACACUUUGGCAUGUCUACAGACAAUGCGUUGGUAGAGGUGAAUGGUGUUAUGACUGAUGAGACAUACGCUGAAAAGGCUUUUCGCACUACGAUGGACAUUGACUGUCCUCGUUGGAUGGACUGGUUUCACGGUGGGCUGCAAUUCCAGGUUGGGCAUCAUCUUUAUCCACGUGUUCCACGACCCAACCUUCGCAAGCUUCGGCCUUUGGUCGAGUCUUUUGCCAAGGAGCACGGAUUAGAGUUUCAUUCAUAUGGAUUUGUUUCUGGAAAUAGAUACGUUUUAGGAUGUCUUGAAGAGGUAGCGCAUCAAGUAUCAACAGUCCUUUCUGUAGACCCCUCUAAAAUUCAUAUACAAUAGUUUUUUAAAAAAUUGCCCUGUACAGUCUUGGGUUUGUUUCCGUUUGGAUAUUGCUAUGUCUUAUAUCUCGCCUCUAUCCUAAAAAACUAAACUCGGGUGCAUUCGGCUACGCUACUCAAUUUCCAUAUUUUACAGUCGUAUUCGUGUAAAAUGAAAUGUUUGGUGUGCUUUUCCACUACAGAUUGAUUGUUUCUCAAUAAACACUCAACUCUGUGUCUGU